AUGUCAGCAAAUCAAAACAAUAGUUCAAAUUUUAAAAGUUAAUUGAAAGUCUCAUUAUCGUAAGAAAAGGAGGAGGCUUAAGAAACACUUGAAAUCAUACAUGAAAUGUCUUAGAUUUUAAAUUGCGGAUUGGAUAGAUAAUAAUUAGCUGUAUUGGUUAGUAUGAUAGAAAAUGGAGUUAAUCCUGAAGCUUUGGCUCUGGUGGUAAAUGAAAUGAAAACUGAAUUAAACACCUAUAAAAAAAUUCAUAAAUAAUGA